AGCGUUCGAUUAAUAUGUGCCGCUGGUAAACUGCGUGUUUUUCAAGUUUGGGGUCUCGGGGCUCGGGUUCGAGGCAUCUAAAGAUCAUUUUUACUUUUUUUUGUUUUGUCUUCUUGAACGCCAUGAAUCAAGAUCCAGACAAGCCACCUAGAAAGUUUAAGUACCCUCCCAAAGCUCCUCCGGCACCUUCCCGAAGCCAAAAGCUCAAACGCCCUGCUCCCGAAACUGUAUCGAAAAAUGAAGACGGAGGAGAAGAAGAGGCCCGGGAACUCAUGCGCCAAUUCACCGAAGCAAAUACACGGCAAGUGCCCAAAGUAACAAAGAAAGAGUUAAAACCUGCAGCUUCAGUGCAAAUUGCAUUUGAUGCUGGGGCUGCAUCAUCAACUUCCAUAAGGAAAUAUUAUAAUCCAAAGGAUGGGGAUAGUGCAAAAGCUACUGACUCGAUGUUAGAAGAUUCUACUUCUGAUGAUAGGCAAAUUGUACGAUCAACUGCCAGAGAAGAUGAAACCUUUCCCUAUUCUCUAGGUGCAUCAACUGAAAAGUUCAGGGAAGAUUACAGGGAACCUGGGGAUUACAAAAAUACUUCCUAUCCAAUUACACUUCCUUGGAGGAAGCCUGACUGUAGUGACCCAGAACUUCUUGAUGAGGAUGAAUUUGGGGAGGCUGCAAGGAACUUGGAGUAUGAUGAGAAUACUAUAAAUUCUGCUAAAGAUCUUUGGUUGCUGGAUGAAUCUCAAAGAGAAAGAAUGAUGCUCUUUCAAUUUCCCAGUACACUGCCCCUAUUCAAGCGAUCAGCUAGUGUAAAGGGAAAAGAGAAAGCUGAAAGCUCAAAAAUUUUGGGAAGAGUCGAUGCUCCAGAAAGUGGCUGCAGUCUAAAAGAGUUGCCAGGUGGAUAUAUGGGCAAAAUGCUGGUUUACAGGAGUGGAGCUGUCAAGUUGAAACUGGGAGAAACCAUAUUUGAUGUUUCACCUGGAUCAGAUUGCUCAUUCAGCCAGGACGUUGCGGCAAUCAACACAAAAGAUGGAAACUUUUGCGUUCUUGGAGAAGUUGAUAAACGAGUUGUUGUAACUCCAGGCAUUGAUUCUAUGUUCGAUAAAGUGGUUAACUUGGGAGAACCUAAGAAAGAUGCUGGAGCAACUGAUGAUUCGGAAGAUUAACUGUCAGCAUGAUGGAUGUGGAAUGUAGAUCUGUAGGAAAAAUGCUUAGGCUAGUAUGUAAAAUCUGUUACUAGAAGUAGAGUAAUACUAACCGAAUGGCUUGUGGAGCUGCUGUAGGAUUCAUAGGAUGCCAUUCUUUUUGACCCAUAUGUUCUGGUAGACUACAAUUUCCAAUUGAAAAAGAAGAAACUUCCUUCUGUUGGAAAUUUCUUCUGGUAUUUGAUUCCAAAAAAAAAAAAAAAUGGAACAGUUAAGUCCUCUCAUCCCAUAGCCGUUGGCUACAUUUUUGAAUCCAACCACUGUGAAUUAGUGGCUUUCUAUCUUUACAACAAGAUAGCUAACUAACCCAUUCCUAGUAUUGAUCUAUUCAUUUCUGACUA